AUGGUCAAAAGGAAAAGCGAGGCACAAAUCAAGUCAGAAACUGAUGAAGAUGACGAUGAUGUACCAUUGAGCAAAAAGGUGAAGACAGAAACUCAAAUUGAAGAAGCAGAUGACGACGAUGGUCAAGCGGUCGAUGGAAAAGAAGAAGAUGAUGAUGAGAACGAAGAUGAGGAUAAUAACAAAGAAAAAAGUGAGAAUGGGAGUAAGAUUAAUGAGCAUACGGAUGAGAAAAAUGAGCAUGAUGAUGAAGAUGACGACGCUGAAGAGGAGGCAAAGAGAAUUACUACAUUCAAGUUUCAUGGCGUGUCAUAUUCUUUCAAAGAAAGGCCAUCAGUCAUUGAAGAAAGAGAGAAUAAGAUAGAAUUCAGAGUUGUUAAUAAUGAUAAUACAAAGGAGAAUCUUAUAGUCUUAACGGGAUUGAAAAAUAUAUUUCAAAAACAGUUACCCAAAAUGCCUCGUGAAUAUAUUGCAAGAUUAGUUUACGAUCGCUCGCAUUUAUCUAUGGCUGUAGUGCGGAAGCCUUUGACUGUGGUUGGUGGUAUCACAUAUAGGCCGUUCAAUAAUCGAGAGUUUGCAGAAAUCGUCUUUUGUGCAAUUUCAUCUACUGAACAAGUUAGAGGUUAUGGUGCUCAUUUGAUGAACCAUUUAAAGGAUUAUGUUAGAGCCACAUCACCAAUUAAAUACUUUUUGACAUAUGCUGAUAACUAUGCAAUUGGAUAUUUCAAAAAACAAGGUUUUACGAAGGAGAUAACUUUAGAUAAAUCUGUCUGGAUGGGAUAUAUCAAAGAUUAUGAAGGGGGAACGCUAAUGCAAUGUGAAAUGUUACCUUCUGUAUUAAGAUAUCUAGAUCUGGCCAAGAUACUACUCCUCCAGAGAGCGGCGAUAGAGAAGAAAAUUAAUGAAAGAUCGCAAUCAGAUGUAGUUCGCCCAGGUUUACAAGUUUUCAAGACAAACAAAAAUAUUAAACUAGAUCCUAAAGAAAUUCCAGGCUUGCUAGAGAGUGGCUGGCUGGAGGAGAUGGAUAAAUUGGCCCAAAAGCCCAAACGUGGCCCACACUACAACUUUAUGGUUUCUUUGUUGUCUGAAAUGACGAAUCACCCUUCAGCUUGGCCCUUCGCCGUUCCCGUAAAUAAAGACGAGGUUGGAGAUUAUUAUGAAGUUAUUAAGGAGCCUAUGGACUUAUCAACUAUGGAGCAGAAACUUGAAGCGGACAAAUACGAUUCCUUCGAUCAAUUUUUGUACGAUGCUCGUUUGAUAUUUAAUAAUUGUCGUUCAUAUAAUGCUGAGUCGACCACCUAUUAUAAGAAUGCAACAAAAUUAGAGAAGUUUUUGAAUGGUAAGAUCAAAGACAAUGCAGAGUAUGCUCAUUUUCUAGAUGGAAAGUGA